CGUAUUAUAUUUUCUAUGGUCAGUGAAAUCAGUGAAAAAUGUAAAUAAUUGCUAUCACUUGAGAUAGUCUUACUGUAAAUGUUAUUAGAAAUUGUGCUUUUUAAUAUUUCCUACUUUGUUUUUUAUAAUGUUAGUCCUAUCUAAUAUGGCAAAUCCAUUACAAAAGCUUUCGUCUUUCUUAGGAUAUUGGUAUUUUAGAUACAUGCUUGUUACAGAAUUAUAUAUGGUCGAAAAAUGGGAGAGAAUUUUUAUUAAUACUUUCUUUAUAGUGUUAUUUUUAUCAUUCUUUAUUUUCAACUACAAGGUACUACUUCCAAUUGCAGAAGUAGUGAGUUCCACAUCACUAUGAAACCUAUGUCAAAUAUAUAUUUAUUAUAGCCAGAACAAUAAAACAUAUCAUUUAAUUUUAA